UACAAGCACCCUCGAGUCCGCUCUUCCGUCAACAUCAAAGACCAAAGCACACGCAGGCUUCGUUGCCACUAGUCGUCCAUUCCUCACAGAAACACUACCUUCGUGUCUAACGGGCGCCUGAUAUCUGACAAGACAACAUCACAACGUUCCCCGAGACUAUUGUUUUCUCAACUCGACAUUUUUUUACUUCAGCCAAGAUGGCAACAUCAUUCUAUCAUCCACCGCACCACCAGCCCCAGAAAAUGCAUGGCUUGAACGUGAGUAGCUCACAGAGCGACCCGCGGUCGCUUCCGUCUCCCGGCUCAGCACUGCCACCCAUCCGCUCCAUUAUUCCGGAUUUUGAUCAUCUGGACAUGGACUACGGCCGCCGGCAAUCUCAGGCGCACAAAGAGAUCAUCGAUGGUGGAAACUCUCACGGAUACACCACUGAUCGUCUGCCAACCACGGGCUCCAGCCCCAGCAUCAAUGUCUUUUCGCAACAUAGUUAUGGCCACCAAAAUUCCGGAUCACGACCCUAUCUCGAUGGCCCGCUUCCGCGUCUGCCACUGUCGGACGCUUUUGCUCAAUACAACGAUCAUCAUCAACACGGCGAGCCACAGCGUGGCUACCCUCAGUACGGCCAACAUCAGCCCGUAUACCGUCAGGAUAGCUACCCUCCUCACGGGUAUCCUCAAGAUUCCUACUACCCCCUACCGGAACACCGUCACGGGGCUUACCCUCAACCCAGACCCCAGCAGAACCCCUACGAGCAGCGUGCCCACAGCGAGCGCCCGCGCCAUCCUCAUCCUUGGGGGAGCCAAUCUGAUUCUGCGGUAAGCCCUCGGGGCGGCGAUGGGGGCAAGAAUAAGAGACGUGGCAAUCUUCCCAAGGAGGUCACGGAGAAGUUGUACGCUUGGCUGUACGGUCAUCUAAAUCAUCCUUAUCCGACCGAGGAUGAAAAGCAGAAAAUGAUGAGAGAAACAAAUAUGCAGAUGAACCAGAUUUCGAACUGGUUCAUCAACGCCCGUCGCCGCAAAGUCCCGCUCCUCAUCGAACAGGCCAAGGCCGAAACCGAGGCCGCGAAGCAUUAUCGUCCCAACUCAUCACCCAUCGCCCGCCGAACUCGACCGGUUUCGGUUUCCCACACGAGACACUAUAGCCGCUCGGGCCCAGGCCGUGGCGUGCCCAGCCGCCGCAGCACCAGUGCCGAGCCGUCCAUUAGCAACCUUCUCAACCACCCGGAAUCUGAGGGGGACGUCCGGCCUCCACAGUAUGCCGCCCCCAUGAGCGACAGCGGCGUCCUUGAUUACAGCAGCCGUGAGAGCACCGAGUCUUAUGAGAUGGAUCCUCGUUAUCAGAGCUACGGGCAUGGGCAUGGGCAUGGGCACCAUGCAAGCAUUUGAAUCUUCUGGGGCCAUUGCCAUCUCAGCCACUUUUCUCGGAUCUGUACUUGGGCAUGUUUAACGGGAUGAAGGAGUUUCGGACAGCAUUAGGAGCAUGGGAAAAGGUCAUUUGGUUCUUCCUUUUCUUUCUUUUUUGCCUAUCCCUCUUCAGGAUGGCAUUUUUGGGU